UCGCCCUAAAAUGGUAAGACGCCUACACAGCAGGCUGUAAUGUGGUUACCAUAUAUAGUAAGUGUAAUCGUAAGAUCUCGGAUGGGAGAGCAUAAGCGUCACAAUCAUGUGACUUUGAAACGAAAUUGAUAAGCGCGGGAUCAGUGUGAUUUCCUGCCGAAAUCUCGUCCUUCUCGAGCGAACCAGUGCAAUAUUCCCUUUGAAACCAAUGAGUUUGAGAACGUUUCCUCCAGAAAUGAGUUCUACACCAGGAACAGACGAAAAAACUCCGUUGAUGCGGUCGAUUUCCACUUCGAGUGGUGUUCUAAACGGAGGCACGGUUAGUCAUCUUCAACAUCCAACGGAGGGGCUGCAGAGACCGCAACCAACCCAGAUUCAAACACAAUCUUCCUUCUUUCCUUUGGCAUGCGUACUAACUACUGUUGUUCUCGAAAGAGUAGCGUAUUAUGGAAUCUUGGCGAACCUUCUUAUCUUCCUCAUGAACGAUACUGACUUCAGCCCAUCUGCGUCUGUUGUCUUAGUGUUCGUCUUCACCAGUAUGGCUUGGAUGAUGUCUACUGUGGGAGGUAUUGUUGGAGAUUCGUACAGCGGUCGUUAUAACGCCGUAUGGGGAAGUCUUCUUAUAUACAUCGUUGGCGUCGGUGCGAUUUUUGGGUCAACUUUUUUAAGUAAGGGGAAUAAAAAUUGCCAUCUUGGUUGUAAGCUGUUCGUUGCGUGUGCUUUGAUAGUUGUUAGCAUCGGAGAGGGUGCCUACAAAGCGAAUGUAGCAGCGUUUGGAGGCGAUCAGCUAAGGGGCCAAGAUGACAACAGAUAUCGGAAGUUUUUCAAUUGGUUUUACUGGUGUAUAAACCUUGGUUCUUUCUUGGGCUUUUCUCUUAUUGCAUACGUCGAGCAGGUUUUUAACUUCAGAUGGGGAUUUGGCUGCUUGUGUUGUUGCAUUGUUUUGGCUGCAGUAGUUUUUUUCCUCUGUAAAACACGUUAUAUUUCCUGUCCACCAACUGGACACGUUUUGAAGAAGAUGUAUAACAUUAUUAAGGAAGCAAAGCGCAGUAGAAAAGAAGAAUCUACAAGGGUAAGGAAUAAUGAAAGCAUACAUUAUUAUCCUGAUUUGGAGGAGUACAUGCCAAGGAAAAGUUGGCUAGAUCGUGCUAUGAUGAAAUAUGGUGGAAGCUUUUUGGACACUGAUGUAGAGGAGGUUAAAACAAUUCUGAAGAUCAUGGUUAUUUUUGCGAUACUCAUUCCAUAUUGGGUGAUAUAUUUCCAGAUGAAUUCAACCUUCUUGCUCCAAGGAAUACACAUGGAAAUUGGUUUUUACCAGGAUAGUGAUGCUAUUAAUGACCAUGCAGUGAUCCCUCCAGCUUCACUUUCACUGGCAGAUGUCCUCUUUGUUUUAAUCUUAAUUCCGUUUAUGGAUAAAAUUGUCUAUCCAUGGCUGGAUAGAAAGGGAUGGAAGCUAAGUGUAUUUAACAGAAUUUCAAUUGGGAUGUUCUUUGCCGUUGCAUCAAUGAUAGUUGCUGGUGGAGUUGAGACUGCCAGGUUAAAUGAUACAUCUCACUGUAAGAAUCAGUCAAUUGAUAAUGUCAACUACACUGCCUGUUUGCAAAUCUACUACCAAAUACCUCAGUAUGCCCUGAUUGGUAUCAGUGAAGUGUUUGCAAGUGUAGGAGCCCUGGAAUUUGCUUACAAAGAAGCUCCAAAGUCUGCACAAAGUUUUGUCAUGGGACUGUUCUAUUUUUCACAGUCCCUUGGUAGUUUACUCGGAGGAGGUUUAUAUGAACUUUGUUCUCUGGGAAAAAAUUCGUGGACCCCAAGUAUGACCGAAACCAAAAAAAUGGCCCUGAAGGGCCAUUUUAAUUACUAUUUCUUCCUUCUGGCUGGAUUGCAAUUGGUCACUUUGAUUGUCUUCCUUGCUGUUACAGUUAAAUAUAGACUCAUUCAGUUCAAUCAGAAAAGGAGCAUACCAGCUGUCAUACGAACCUCCAAAGCUGAACCACACAGUCAUCUAAGAACAUGACACAGAUGUUGUCAAUUAUUUGCACUGAAGAAAAGAAACAUUUAAUGGAUAGAGGAAAGACUGCAAGUCAUUCAAGAUAUUUAACACCGUGUAGUUUCAGUCACAGUGGCAAUUAAACUUCAUCCUCCAACUCAUUGCAUUGUCAUGAGGAGUGGAAGAGGGGUAAACUCAUGAAUAGGGAUCCUCUCAAAUUUGGAAGGGAACACUUCACAGCUCCACUAAGAUGUACAACUUGUUGAGUAAUGAUACUAAAUCUAUUUACCUGCAAACAUUUGAGCUGUAUCAGUUCUCAGUUUCUAGGUAAAAGACAUCACCACCACCCCUGUCAUAGUUAAAAAAAAAAUCUUGAAGCAUGUAAAAUUUUGCUUAAAAAGAGGCCUGUUUCCACCUUAUUUCAUAGGUUUACUUACAUUGUUUCAUUUUUCCAUCCAGUAAAGAUGGGCUGAUACCGAUACCAAAUAUUCAAUACUGGUGAUACCAAGGUCAGAUUGGAAAAUAUUGAUACUAGCCAAAAGUAUGAGUGCUUUCGGUACUGCACAUGACCUGCCCACAGUUUGUCUCAUGUCAGACUAACUGCAGAGCAGGAGUCAAAGACUCUGGGCUGAAGAUUGGGCAAUGACCACUGCAGUGUACCAGUCUUGUGGCCUGUGAGUGCUACAAGAGUGAACUCUUUGAUAACCAUGAGUUUUAAAUUAAGUAUGUCCUUAAUUCAAUUUACUAUCCUAUUGACUCUUCUAUAGAGUAUUGAACUCGGCAUAACUUAAACAGAGUAAGUGACCCUAUGUUUCGUCAAUCAAAUCAGGACUUACCUUUUAACUCAAUAACUUCACAGUAUUGGUAUCGAUAUUGAAAGAAAAAUGUUAGUAUUUUACUUGGUAUCAAAUCAACUUGGAAAAAUGGUGUCAGUCCAUCCCUAGUUGCCAAUAAAGCUCUCAUUUGG